AUGGACAGUCAGGCAACAAUUGAAGGUCGAAAAUUAGAUGUUGUGGAUGAUGCAUGGCGUGAAGACCGCCUUCCCAAUGAAGAUAUAAAUGUCCCCCCUGCAGAAUUACCUGACCCAGAAGCAGAUAAUGGUGAUUCCCAUAUGACCUUGAAGGAACAGGAACAAAAAUGGACAGAUAUUGCUUUAGGCAUUCUAAGUGGUAACCUGAAUAAGAUUCCAUUUCUCCCAAAUACAAGCCUGGCAUAUUACCACAACUUCUUUAGAAGUGUGAUGUUUUGUUACAGAAAAAUGGAAUUUCCAGAGCUGGGAAAAAUGUGUGGACUUUUAGAAUGUAAACAAUUAGAUUUUCUACCAUUCAGAUGCAUUCAUUGUCAAAUAAUAUUUUGCAAAGAUCAUUAUAUGCCAGAUAAACAUAAAUGUACACCAGAUGACACUACAGUAGUCAGUAAAGCCACUGAACCCAUGAAGAAUUAUCACUGUAUGUAUGACAACUGCAGUGUGUCAAGUCUAGCUGAAAUGUGCUGUCAGGUUUGUAAGAAGCAUUUCUGUCUUCAACAUCGUCAUCACGGUUGUGUUGAUAAGGACCAGGCAGUGAGAGACAAGGAGCGAGAGAAGUGGGAAGCACCAAGGAAGCAGUUUGAAAUAGCCAAGGCUGAAGCAGAGCGACAGGUACAGAAAUGAUCAGCAACUGGUACACACAUACCAACAUCAACAAACAUAGAAUACUGAUGUACUGGUGGGUAAUGGUAACAUUUCCAUUUUGCUAGUUAAAUUAAAUGUAUAAUAAUUAUUCCAUUAAUACUUUGAAUAUACAGUCCAUGCCCUAUCACACAGUUUACAUUACUGCCAUUAACAUAUCCUUAGCUGUAUGUUUCGGUGUAACUAAGAUUAUGUAUAAUGCCUUAAAAAUAACUCCGUGGCCUGUAGUCUGCAAGCGGACUAUACUGACCGAGUGACUGCCGCUUGGCAAAGAUAGUGCCAAC